GACUUCACGGGCGUGCCGGCGGUGGUGGAUCUAGCAGCAAUGCGCGACGCGAUGAAGUCGCUAGGCGGCGAUCCGAACGCGAUCAACCCGCAGGUUCCUGUCGACCUGGUGAUCGACCACUCGGUGCAGGUGGACGUGGCGGGCUCCGCCAACGCGGUGGCGCAGAACAUGCAGCUCGAGUUCGACCGCAACAGCGAGCGCUUCGCGUUUCUGAAAUGGGGAGCGAAGGCCUUCCAGAACAUGCGCGUCGUGCCUCCGGGGUCUGGCAUUGUGCAUCAGGUAAACCUGGAGUAUCUCGCCCGAGUGGUGUUUGCGCACAACGGCUUUCUCUACCCGGACAGCCUGGUGGGCACGGACUCGCACACCACCAUGAUCGACGGGCUGGGCGUGGCGGGGUGGGGCGUGGGCGGCAUCGAGGCCGAGGCCACCAUGCUGGGGCAGCCCAUGAGCAUGGUGCUACCCGAGGUGGUGGGCUUUAAGCUGACUGGAAAGCUCCAGCCUGGCGUGACAGCCACGGACCUCGUGCUGACGUGUACGGCCAUGCUGCGUCAGCAUGGCGUGGUGGGCAAGUUCGUGGAGUUCCACGGCGACGGCAUGCGCCACCUGGCGCUCGCUGACAGGGCCACCAUUGCCAACAUGGCACCCGAGUACGGCGCGACUAUGGGGUUCUUCCCCGUGGAUGAUGCCACGCUGGCGUAUCUCAGGACAUCUGGGCGAGAUGAGAGCACGGUGAAACUGGUGGAGGCAUACCUCAGAGCUAACAAGAUGUUCGUUGAUUACAAUGAGCCCCAGGCGGAUCGGUCCUACUCCUCGGUGCUGGAGCUCGAUCUGGGUGCCGUGGAGCCCUGCAUCUCCGGCCCCAAGAGGCCCCAUGACCGUGUGCCACUGCGCAGCAUGAAGGAGGACUGGCAGGCGUGCCUCGACAACCCCGUGGGCUUCAAGGGCUUCGCGCUGCCCAAGGAGCAGCAGGGCAAGGUGGUUAAGUUCUCGUUCAACGGGCAGCCAGCAGAGCUUCGGCACGGGUCGGUGGUGAUUGCGGCCAUCACCUCGUGCACCAACACCAGCAACCCCUCCGUCAUGCUCGGCGCUGCCCUGGUUGCUAAGAAAGCUUCUGACCUCGGUCUGCAGGUGAAGCCAUGGGUAAAGACCAGCCUGGCGCCUGGCUCGGGUGUGGUCACCAAGUACCUUGAGAAGAGUGGUCUCCUCCCCUCGCUGGAGAAGCAGGGGUUCCAUGUGGUGGGGUACGGCUGCACCACCUGCAUCGGCAACUCAGGGGAGAUUGCAGAGUCCGUGGGGCAGGCCAUCGCUGAGAACGACCUAGUGGCAGCAGCAGUGCUAUCAGGCAAUCGCAACUUUGAGGGCCGAGUGCAUCCCCAGACACGCGCCAACUACCUCGCCUCUCCUCCCCUUGUGGUCGCCUAUGCCCUCGCCGGCACGGUGGACAUUGACUUUACCACCGAGCCAAUUGGCACCGGCAAAGACGGCAAGCCCGUCUUUCUGCGCGACAUCUGGCCGACGUCCGCUGAGGUGGCAGCCGUGGUCGAGAAAUCCGUGCUGCCCGAGUUCUUCCGGUCGACCUAUGAGAGCAUCACACGUGGCAACGACCUGUGGAACGGGCUGACAGCUCCUGAGGGGGCGCUGUAUGAUUGGAGCCCAGCAUCUACUUACAUCCACGAGCCGCCAUUCUUCAAGGGGAUUACCAAGGACCCUCCUGGGGUGGCGCCUGUGGUGGACGCGUAUUGCCUGCUCAACCUGGGAGAUAGCAUCACCACCGAUCACAUCUCCCCUGCUGGAAGCAUUCACAAGGACAGUGCUGCAGCGAGGUAUCUGACAGAGAGGGGCGUGGCACGCAAGGACUGGAACUCGUAUGGCAGCAGGCGGGGCAACGACGAGGUGAUGGCGCGCGGCACGUUUGCCAACAUCCGCAUUGUGAACAAGUUCAUGCAGGGGGAGGUGGGCCCUCAUACGGUCCACGUGCCGAGUGGGGAGAAGAUGUUCAUCUACGACGCCGCUAUGCGCUACAAGGAGGCGGGGGUACCAACCGUCAUCUUAGCAGGAGCGGAGUACGGCAGUGGCAGCUCGAGGGACUGGGCGGCCAAGGGCCCGUACCUGCAGGGCGUUAAGGCGGUGAUCGCCAAGUCCUUUGAGCGCAUCCACCGCAGCAACCUUGUUGGCAUGGGCAUCAUCCCGCUCUGCUUCAAGCCCGGCCAGGACGCGGAGUCGCUCGGGCUGACCGGGUUUGAAAAGUUUUCGGUGCACCUGCCCCCGCUGAAGGAGAUCAAGCCGGGGAUGGAUGUUGAAGUCACGACUGAUAAUGGGAAGAAGUUCACAACCACGCUGCGAUUUGACACCCAGGUGGAGCUGACAUACUUCGAGAACGGGGGCAUUCUGCACUACAACCUCACAGAGUAUGGUGAGAGUAGGCAACCAGCCCCUCUCACUGCCGCUGGUGGUGGCAUGUUGGUGGCGAACAAUGGGCUCGAGCCGCAACACGGGCAAGCAGUGGCAGCUGGUUUCGCCAGCCAGCAUACCAGUUUCGAAGACGAAGCGCACAUCGGCAUGGACUCUCCUGCCGGAGAUAUCGAAGCAGUCAUGGGAUCAUUUCUCAACCUCCCGUCCGUCCCCGCCCUCACACAACCCACCGAUGCCAAAGCCGCGUCGGCCGAGCAAAACACCUCCUCCGCCGGCAACGCGAACAGCGACGAGUGCGAAAGCAGCGAAGAUGGCGACGAUAGCGAAGACGGCGACGACGACACCGGCAACCAGAUGGAUUUGAUGCUCGCGAUGAUGCGACUGCUGCAGAAGCAAAUGCCGAAAAAGAAAAAGGCGGUUAGUAGCAAGAGCAAGAGCAAAAUCAAGGCGAGCGAAUCCGCGACGCCGCUGCUGAAUGGACGGGGGUCCUCCAUGGAUCAGGAGCAGCUGCUCACCGUUCUCUCUAAAGCUCUUUCUACUAUGGAUUCCCCCGACGACGAGCCCGUGACGUCGACCCCCAAGCAGAAGCGCGCCAAGCUGAGCGCCGAUAACGCGAAGCCCGCCGGCCCGCACCAAAUGCCGCAGCUGGCGCGCCCUUGCGCGGAUUCCGCCGCGCCCGCGCAGCAGAAGGCGAAUGUGGGGGGUUGCGGCGCGGAGGGAGGUGAGGAUACGAUUCUGCAUUGCUUUAUGGAUCAGCUGCCGCAGAUCGACGGUCACCUUGACGCGAUGAUCGCGGCGGCAGAUGCGGCGGUGGACCCGCAGGAAGCGCAGCCUUCGCCGACGGAGCACGUAAGCAGCAGCGCGGGGGCGAGCGCUAGGGGCUGCUCCGCACAGCAGAACAAUGCGCGCGACGACGGCGCGGGUUCCGGCUCUCGGUUCCCCCCGCCCAACACGCCGCAUUUCUCGGCGCACGAGCGACAAACGGGGUCCUGGGACGCCGUCAGCAGCAGCAGCAUGGAUAGCUCCGCUGCCGCCGCCGCCGCCGCCGCCGCUGCAGCGCUCGCGGUUAACUCGCGGAAGCGCAAGUCGGGGGAGGACGAGGGGGCGUAUGCGGGGAACGGAGGGAACGGUGAGCAGGCGGCGAUCAGCAGCCGGUCGGCGUCAGAGGCGCGAUGGAACGGAAACGGACAGAUGCAGGAGUGCCGGCCGCUGUCACUGCCACACGCGAUCAGCAACGGCCCUGUGGUUGUGAGCAGGCAGCAGAUGCAGCAAUCCGCGUGCAAGCCGCCCCUUCUCUCGCUCCCUGCCGCCUGCCUCGCCGCUCCUGGCUCUGUGCCUAUGCUCCGCGCGCCCGUCUCGAAUGCGUCCGCCGCUUCCGCCCCUCCUCCCCCUGCCACCCCGCUCCGCAUGCUCACCGUCCCUGCUGACGUGUCUCCCACCGCAGCGCCCAUGCCGCGCCCGAACAUGAUGGACAGGUUCGGCGGUGUGGGGGAGGAUUUGUCGGCUGAGCAGCCCCUGGGGUUUCCUGUGAGGUUUGGGAGCAAGCGCAUGGAUGGUGGUUACACUGACGGUGCUGGUAACUAUGCAUCAGGAAAUGGUGGUUACAACGACAGUGGUAACGGGUGCGACGAUGGAGGCAUGGGUUACGAUGACAUGGGUGGAGAUGACAUGGACGACUGGAUGCCGCGCAGCCGCGGUCGCAAGGACCGGCAGGUGGCGGGCGGGCGCAUCAAGGCGCGGAGCAUGGCGGAGCGGCAGAGGCGGGAGAGGAUCAGUGAGGGGCUGCAGAAGCUGCGCAUGGCGGUGCGUGGGCAUGGGGACACGGCCACCAUGCUCGAUAAUGCUGUUUCUUAUGUGCAGGCGCUGCAGAGGAGAGUGACAUCAUUGGAAACAAACAUGCUGCUGCACCAGGCGUCCUGUGGGGGUCUUGGUCAGGCUGGGGGCGCUAUGGGCGGUGGCAAUGGAUCCAACUCCAAUAACAGGGGCCGCCAUGCUAAUGGCUUCAUCAACCCCUCCCAGUUUGGUUCUCUUUUUGGCUUGGACGUCUGA